AUGCUGGCUAAGGGGUUAAUGUUGCAGUAUGGAAUACUGAAAAAAUCAGUAUUCCUUGGCGCCAGAAGCUACAGCUCCUCCGCCUCUUUCACCGUGACAACCCAGGCGAAACCUACACGAGUUAGGUGGUUCUAUGCGACGGAUAUCCCGAACACAAAACCAUACCAUCCCAACUACAAGCUUGUGAAGAGACCUGCAAAAUUUCUUCCGUUUACCAGAGAAGAUUCUAAGCGUCUAGAGGACUCAUUUUAUAAGCUUUCGAAAGAAACCAAUAAGGAAACGUCUAAAUACAGACAUGUGAACGUAAAUGAGGAUGGUCUUUUCAGUGCUGAUUUGGUUACCAAAACAAUUAAGCCUACUUACUGGAUUGGCCCGACAUAUGAAAUUAGAAGAGGUAUCUGGUUUUUAGAUGAGAACCAACCCCUUCCAGAUUUGCUAAGUGAGCAAGUCGAGGAAAACUACAGAAAAUAUCGCCCGGAUCACUUUCUCGGUAAAGAGUUGGAAAAGGGAGAGAAGCACCAGAUACCGCCUAUUCAAUUGAAAUCAGAGAAGGACAUUUAUGAGAGUAAGCUGAAGAACGGUAUGAAAAGAAGAUGGCCAUUUCACGAAUUCGAUGAUUUAUCAGAUGCGCCAAAGAUUUUGCAGUUUAAGUCAGACAACCUCGCAUUAUUGGUGAACAAGGGACAAUUACUACCACAAUUUAUACUUGAAAACUUGGCUGGUUAUUCAAAUUCCGUCUUUGGUUUAUAUACAAUAACAAGAGGAUACGAAGAGAAGAUGAACCAGAGCAACGAGAAUCAAAACAAGAGAGGAAAAUCAUCCUCUGACAUAGAUAAAAAAUCUGAAGCGGACAGUAAGUUCGGCACUAUGCAAGAACUGGCUGAAAAGGAUACAAAAAUGGAAGAAGAUAUCAGUGAAGGAUUUAAGAACUCCUCUUCUGAGACUAAUCACAAAUUCCAGAAAUCCAUGGAGAACGAUUUCUCAAAUGCAAGUGUGAUCACCGAAAACAGCCAGGAUAGAGAGGUGGAACACCUCAUUCUUUGCGUCCAUGGGAUUGGCCAGUUCUUGAGCUCCAAAUACGCAUCGGUGAACUUUGCUCACGAUUGUAAUCAUAUGCGCCAGCUGCUAAAGACAGAAUUCGUUAAAAAAUCACACCAGUUUGCUCCUCUUGCGUAUGGUGAGGAGAAAAUUGGAAACGAUGCUAGAUUUAAAAACUGCAAGACACAAAUACUUCCUAUUGUUUGGAGAUACAGUAUCGAUUUCGGCUUGAACUACCUGUAUAACGAAUAUGGAAAGGACGGAGAAUACAGGUUGCCUAAGUUAUCCAAUUUGAACAUCGAUGCCGUGACACCAUUGAGAAACUUAACUGCUGAUGCGCUUCUCGACAUUCUUCUAUUUUACGAGCCGAAGUUUAAGGAAGAGAUUCUUGAAUGCGUGACAAAAUCUGCAAAUCAAAUAUAUGACAAAUAUCUCGCCAAUCAUCCAAACUUCAAAGGUAAGGUAUCUCUUAUUGGACAUUCCCUUGGAUCGUCCAUUGUGUUGGACAUUUUGUCUAGACAGCCAGACAAAAUUCCCACCGGCGCCGGCUUCAACGCCAAGGAACAUCUCAAGUUCGAUGUGGAGAACUUUUUCUCGUUAGGGUCUCCUAACGGGGUAUUCAAGUUUCUUGAAAGGAAAAAUGUGUAUCCCAGAUCAUUCAGGAGCAAGAGUGACAAGACCGACUACAAACUCGGGAGCGAGAGCGCCGGAACUGCAGUCUAUCCCAAGGUCAACAACUUGUACAACAUCUUCUACGCCACAGACCUCGUGGCUUACAGGCUCGAGCCCUUGAUCCACACUUCUAUGUCGAGGGUGAAGCCCAAGAACAUCAGGCCCAUCAACGAAGAGAACAUCAUCACCUCGAAAAUUAAAGACAUGUCUAAAUCCUCGUCAGACAUCCUGUCAAACAAGGUUGUCCGAACCAUCGUAGAAAACACCGCGACAUGGCAGGGGAGUCUCUCCACGGCAAACCUCUUUAACGGUAAAGAAAGCAUCAUAGAGACCAGCGAUUUGGUCAAAGACCUUAUGUUCGGACUGAACAAAAACGGCCGAGUAGACUACGUGCUUCCACAGGGUAUGUUUGACAUCGACAUGAUCAAUGCCGUCUACUCCCACAUCCAAUACUUUGACGAUGCAGACGUAGCCGACUUAAUAUUGAAUGAAUUGUGGAGGAAGCCUGAACCGAACAGGGACAUCAUCGGAGUACCCAACACUGCUCCGCAGCCGACAAACCCCGACCUAGACCACCUCUGA